AUGUACAUACAGGUGCCCUCGCUCAACGAUGCGCUCGUUGCUUACGCGCUUCUGAGUAGCAUUUUCUCUAGGAACAUGUCUGAGAAGAUGGAAUAUGUCAACCUGGGCAAGUCCGGCCUCAAGGUGUCGAAGGUGAUUCUCGGAGCGAUGAGCUACGGCGAUUCGAAGUGGCAGGAGUGGGUUUUGGACGAGGAGCAGAGCUUGCCGCUGCUGGAGCAUGCGUAUAAGGUUGGGAUAAAUACUUGGGAUACGGCCGACAUCUACUCGCACGGCGCCUCAGAACGCAUCAUCGCCAAAGCUCUUAAGAAAUAUGACAUCCCCCGCUCUAAGGUCGUCCUCCUCUCGAAAUGCUACUUCGGCGUCAAGGAAGAAGAUCCCUCGCUUGGCAUCGCAUCGGUCAUGACCAACGAUGGCGAGUUCGUGAACGAAGUCGGCCUAUCACGCAAGCACAUCUUCGACGCAGUAGAAAAGAGCGUCGAGAGGCUCGGCACAUACAUCGACGUGUUGCAGAUUCACCGGCUAGACCGCGACACACCCAGGGAGGAGAUCAUGAAGGCGCUAAACGAUGUGGUGGAGAAGGGAUGGGUACGAUACAUCGGAGCCAGCUCAAUGGCAGCAUGGGAAUUCCAGACUCUGCAGAACAUCGCGGACCGCAACGGCUGGCACAAGUUCAUCUCCAUGCAGAACUACUACAACCUCAUCUACCGCGAGGAAGAGCGCGAGAUGAUUCCUUACUGUCAGGACACUGGCGUGGGUCUCAUUCCCUGGUCGCCUAUUGCGCGCGGCGCACUCACGCGGCCGUGGUCCGAUCGCUCGUCUAAGCGCUCUACUACUGAUGCCUUCCUUAAUAUGCUCGUUCAUGACCGCGAAGACGCCGUUGACAAAGAGAUCAUUGGAAGGGUGGAGAAGAUCGCGAAGAAGAACAACGUCAGCAUGGCGUGCGUCGCAACGGCAUGGACGAUUCACAAGGGCGUGCAGCCGAUUAUCGGACUGAGCAGCAAGGAGCGCAUCGACGAGGCGGUCAAAAAUAGUAAGUUUAAGCUGAGCGAGGAGGAUAUGAAGGUGUUGGAGGAGGCGUAUGUGCCGAAGACGAGGCAGGGCUUCUAG